CCUCCAUAGUCCAUUUCUCCAUUCCUUCACCAAAAAUAGCAAAUUCCAAAAAUCAUCAAAAAAAAUAAAAUUAUGUUCUUGAUUAUUUUUUUUAUUUUGUAAAAAAUAAAAAUAAAAUAAAAUGGGUGGUGUAUCAUCAACAAUUGCAUCAAAAUUAGCCUUUUUUCCACCAGAAGCAUCAUAUCAAGUUGAUAUAGAUGAACAAACACAAAAAUUGAAACUUUUAGGUGUGUCUCAAAGUGAAAAAGGUGAAGUUUCAAUUGUACAAACAAAGAAGGGUCAUUACAUUUUUUCAGUUUUUGUUAGGAACAAAGGUGCAACAAUGACACUUCUUUAUUCACAUGGAAAUGCUGCUGAUAUAGGCCAAAUGUUUCAAUUUUUCGUUGAACUAAGCGAUCGAUUACGCGUAAAUGUCAUGGGAUAUGAUUAUGCUGGAUAUGGAAGGUCUAAUGGAGAACCAAGUGAGCAGAACACAUAUGCUGAUAUAGAAGCUGUUUACAAAUGUCUAAAAGAGAUUUAUGAAGUGAAAGAAGAAGACGUUAUAUUAUAUGGACAAUCAAUUGGAAGUGGUCCAACUCUUGAAUUAGCAACAAAAUUACCUCAAAUUAGAGGUGUAAUUCUGCAAAGUGCAAUACUUUCCGGGCUUCGAGUUAUGUAUCGUAUAAAGUAUUCUCUCUGGCUUGAUAUUUACAAGAACAUUGAUAAAAUCCCAAAUGUUAGCUGUCCCGUUCUUGUGAUUCAUGGUACAGAAGAUGACAUAGUUGAUAUUUCACAUGGUAAAAAGCUUUGGGAGCUGAGUAAAAUGAAGUAUGAACCUUUAUGGGUAAAAGGAGGAAAUCAUUGUGACUUGCAAGUUUUUCCUCAGUUUUUUACUCAUCUCAAGAAGUUCAUAAUUUCAUUGGAAAGACAGUCAGAUUAUUGCCAAACUGUUGAGGAGAGUAUAAUAAACUUAGAUUAUACUCUUGAUAUUACGAACGAAAUCAAGUGUAGACCAAGUAUUGAAGAGAUUGAGAAGUCGUCGAGAAUCAGUACUGAACAAAAAGAUCAGAUCAUUCCAAUAAGGCCUAGCACAGACAGCAAAUUGAAGCCAAGAAUUAGUUUUGACAAGAGGGAAAAACCAAGAAGAAGUAUGGAUUACUUUGGGAAAUCAAGAAGUAGCACUGAUCAAUCUGAGAGAGGGCGGAACAGCAUUGACCGAUUUGGAGACAUGAUGAGAUCAGUAGCAAUGUGCAAUAUUGACUGUUUAAAACAGACACUAGCAGAGGAGGACUAAUACAACUAAAGUCUUUUAAAAUAUUGUUAUUAGUCGUGUAUGCAAAAGCAAAUUUUUAAAAAUCAUGUAUGGACCACAUUGAUAUAUUAUAUCACUACCUACAUGUUUAUGAUUUGAAUAUGUUUUUCGGGGAGCCCGAGAGCUA